UUGUAUUCUUGUGGGAGCCCUUGCCUGGAAGGCGACUGAGAAGGGAACCUCCUUUCCCAGCAUGCCGCUUAGCCUUACCUGGGAGGGAUUCCCACCUGGGCCAUCAUUCAUCCUCUGGCCUUGGCGGGCUUUUCUCCCCCAGAGGAAGGGAGGUUCCUAGGGCGAGGCCAAUAAAGCCAGGCCCCUCCCGCCUCGAAGGCUUUGCAGCAGCCGGGGGCCCGGAGGAGGCAGGAUGGGGCUGUGGGCGCGGGUGGGGGCUGGGGCGCUGGCCUACUGCAUGCACCAGAAGGGGAAGCGCUGCUGGCCCAGGGGCCCCCCAGGGCUGGCCAGGGGGGCCCCAGCUCAGGUGGUCCAGGUCCUCUUCCGCCACGGAGCCCGGACCCCGCUCAGACCCAUCCCUGGGGCACAGCAGGCAGAAUGGAGCCCUGCCCUCCUGGAGACUCCUGCUGAAACAGAGUUUGACUACACAGUAACUGAUCUCACUGGUGGCCCAAAACCUUAUUCUCCUUACGAAGAAAACUACCGAAAAAUUACAGUGAAGGGUGGUGUGUUUGCAGGGCAGCUGACAAAAGUAGGCAUGCAGCAGAUGUUUGCACUGGGGGAACGGCUAAGGAGACGUUACAUCAAGGAGAUCAGCUUCCUCUCACCAGUAUUCAAACCAUCCGAGGUCUUUGUUCGAUCCACUAAUGUUGUUCGGAAUUUGGAGUCCACACGAUGUUUACUGGCUGGGCUGUUCCAACAGCAGAAAGAAGGACCUAUUACCAUAGUUACAGAUGAAGCAGAGUCAGAAAUCCUUUAUCCCAAUCCAGUGAACUGCCAGCGAUUGAAACAUAUGAACCGAGAGGGGUUAGCCAGAGCACACUCUCAGCCAGGCAUCUCUGAGGAUCUGAACACCAUUAAAGAGAAGAUGGGCAUUGGCAAUGAAAAAGCUGUGGAUUUUCUUCUCCUCUUUGACAACAUCUUUGCAGAACAGGCACAUGAUCUACCAAGCUGCCCUGUUUUGAAAAGUUUUCUGCAAAUGGUUGAACAGAGGGCUGUGGACCUGCUCCUUUAUAUCACAAAACAAAAUUUAAGGGAGACUCUUCAAAUGUCUGUUGGUCUUCUUCUCAACGCGAUAGAGGAGAAUAUUAAGGAUGCAAUAGAUCCCCCUUCUCCAGAGAUCAAGGCCAGGAAACUCAUUCUGUAUGCUGUCCAUGAUGUCACCAUCUUUCCAUUGCUGCUAUCUCUGGGUGUCUUUAAUUCUAAGUGGCCUCCAUAUGCUGCAGAUGUAACUCUGGAGCUGUACCAGCAGUCCAAGGAUUGGUUUAUACGUCUGACCUAUAAUGGUGAGGAACUAGUUCCACAAGGAUGCAGAGCUGGUCUCUGUCCGCUAGAGGACUUUCUGAAUGCUGUUUCGAACUACGCUGUGAAGCCAGAGGAAUAUAAAAUGCUUUGCUCCCAGAAACAGAUGACUAGUUAAGCAGAAUAUUUAAAUAUGUUGUUAUAACUUCCUCUUUCUAAACACCAAAAGCAAAGCAUUAGUCACUUGUGGUUUAACUUGACAGUUGGAGUAAUGGCAUAUUAACUAAUUAGCUUACCUCAGUAAUGCCCCGUUUUGAAAACAAGUUGCAGAAUGAAAAUACAUGCCACAUAUUACAUUUCUGGCGUCAAGAAUUGACAGUGGUUAGCCAGAACGUAGUUGUUACUGCACCCCACAAUUCUCUUUGCACAAAGAGCACUAUAGGUAAUGUAUCCUACACCUGCCACUUGCCUUGGUUUUUCUUUUCUACUUUUCCCUGACAAGCAUGACCUUCCGCAGUUUUAAAUCUUUUACAGGCCUUGAUUUGUGGAAUCCCUUUUCUAGAAUUUAUCACAUUGAUACAGGAAAUUACAUUUCCAGCAUAUUUUGGUAUAAACAUAGGCACUAAGCACUCUUCCACAUUUAACUAUUUUGGUUCCAGAGUUGCUUUGUAGCCAUGCUCCUGUUUAGCUUACAGAAGACUAAGUCUCUUACCCUGAACCUUCUAGAAGCCACCUUAUUGGGGCAGAGGGUCAGUCUACACUGCUGCAAUAGCAUUAAGAAAAUAGCUUUAAUUAUUGAUUCUGGUACGCUAAGGAUGACUUUAUAGUAGUUCUGUGAGCCUGGAAAUAUAUAACCAGAUGCAACUAUGUUAAAGAAAUAGCUGUGAACAUUUGUCAGUGACAAGGCCAGAUUAGAGCAGCAGAUACUAUUAACAAGUAUUUUCCAAGAUAUGAAAAUUCAUAGGGAAUUCCAAAUGGUUGCUACCUGCGACAACAUUGUCAAGUUAAACAUACUGACUCAAGCUUUGCUUUACACUGUGUGGGGUUAUAUGUAGCAUUUUCACACUGAGUGCCACAAUCAACUUAUAUGCUACAACCACCUCUUUAUCUAAAGGAGAAUGAUAGCAUUAGUUUCUGCUGCCUUAUGAGGUAUCUAUUCCCUUAGAAGGUGCUGUUAAGACUUCUGUUUUGUGUAGCAGGGGGAUGAUUUCUGAAGUGGUUUAAACUGAACAAUUCUGUAAACACUGCACAGCACUGGAAGGGUAACUUUAAGAAAAAGCCAACUUAAGUUUACUGGAAGUUUAAGUCUGAAAACAAUGGAAAGUGUUGAAGCACGUUAAUCCAGAAGAGUAGGUUCUCACUGCUCUUCAGUUUUAUCCUGCUGCAUGUAAACAGAAAUUUGACCCACAGAUACAGGAGCAGGAGAAAUUGUAGCAGAACUGAUCCCAUGAUUUCUCCUAGAAAAUGGAAGCUAGGCACAGAUUAAUUGUAACAAAAUGUUAAAUAAUGUUUGUACAAUUCUUUGCAAAUAAAGAUUUUUAGCAUCAACUGC